AUGAGAGUUUGAGCGCAGUCGGUGUGCGUCUCUGGUUUCGCGGAGCUGUGUGGAGUACAUGGAGUUCAGCAUGGACUACAGACACAACUUUUAAACUCAGGAGGACAGUUGACUUUUCUAUCCUGAAGAAACUGUCUCAUUUAUCCACCAAGUAACAUGGAGAAGGAUAUCCCAUCAACUCCAACUGCUGUCAGCACCCAAGGGUCAUGCCCUGUCCUGGAUGGAGCCACUCUUCCCUCCCCCACACAUAUUCCUCCUUCACUCGUCUCUAAUAACAUCCCUGCUUCUUCCUCUCAACCCACCAAAUUUCCAUCCUCCACAGAAACCAUCUCUAAACCGAUGGAUUCCCCUCUUUCUUCAGAGGGGUCAAAGUCUCCAGCUGUGUCCUCUAAACCCGCAUCUGAAACUGUCUCUGCUAAACCCUCCUCUCCUGCUCCCAACAGAACCCAUGUAACCUCUCCUAACUGCUCUACCCCUCAAAUCCCCCAAAUUUCAUCCUUUUCCCAGCUCGCUUCUGCCUCUUCUGCUUCAGAUAGCUUAGCCUGUAACACUCCAUCAGAUUCCCCUUCUUCUUCCGCUGCCCCCAUGAAACGCACCUUUGCCUCCAUGGCCAGGCGGGUGAUAAUACAGGAAAGACUUAGGAAAGCCGAGGAGGAUGCCGCUGAUGAAGAGGAUGAUGAAGAACCAGAGGAAGAUUUGUCUGUUGAGCAGUUAGAAGAAAAGGCCAAAGCCGGUGAUGCCAGAGCUCAAACCCGGCUGGGUCAGCACUACUUGAUUCUUGCUGAAGAGAAGGACACGGAGCUAAAUAAUCGUCUUGGUGUUAAUUGGCUGAUUAAAGCAGCUAAACAGGGAAGAAAAGGUGCAGCAAGAGCACUCCAGCGCUGUUGGAUCCAGAAAAAGGGAGUCACUCCAGAGAAUGAGGCUGACAUGCGCAAGUUGUCAACAGAGAGUAAGUUUGAGCUGGCAGUGCGUAAAGCCGCUAUGAUGAUGUACUGGAAACUCAACCCAGACAGGAAGAAGAAGGUGGCUAUGGCUGAGAUGCUGGAAAAUGUUAGCCAGGUCAAUGCAGUGCAAGGUGGCACUGCAAGCAAGAUUCCUGGCCCAACUUCAGGCCAGACCCAGAAAGUACUGGAGAGCAUGGUCAGCAAAGAAUCUACACACUUGGUGGACCUGGAUGACUUUGUUGAGAUGACUAAAAAGUAUGCACAAGGUAUUGUUCCCUCUACAAACAAAAAUGCCAGCCAGGCCGAAUCCAAGCCUGAAAGCCCUACACGUCAUGUCAGCACGGGGGAGCACAAGGCUGAGCUGGUCCCAUCAGGAUACAAGAAGGCCCACAGAAGUUCUUGGAGUUUUGGCCGGAGUGGGAUGAUGCUGGAUUCUAAUCAGACUGGGGCCAUGAAAAGAGCCAUGGACAUGAAAUCCCGCUUAAUGAUGCUGCAGUACCCACUGCACUCCAUUGUUGAGAUGAAAGAGCACCUGGUCGACUGGGCAUCGCGGGCCGGUGUGCAGUGGCUGAGCACAGUCAUCCCCACACAACACGUCAACGCACUUAUUUUCUUCUUCAUCGUCAGUAACCUGACCGUUGACUUGUUUGCGUUUGUCAUCCCUUUGCUUGUCUUCUACCUCUCCUUCAUCUCCAUGAUCAUCUGCACACUGCGUGUUUUCCAGAGCAGCAAGACUUGGGAGAACUUCAGAGCCUUCACAUCUCUGCUGACACGUUUCGAGCCUGGCCUGGAUGUAGAGCAGGCAGAGACCAACUUUGGCUGGAACAACCUAGAACCGUACCUUUAUUUUAUCCUGUCCGUUUUCUUCAUCAUUUUCUCCUUCCCUGUAGCUGACAAGGGCUGGAUCCCCUGUUCCGAGCUCUCCACUGUGGCCAUCUUCUUCACUGCUGUCAGCUACAAGAGCCUCAGCCCCACCGCUGCGACGUAUGCACGCCGGGCAAUGGUCAUAGAGGUAGCAUCAUCUCUGUGUUGCCUGACCCAGUUCCUGCCAGAGAGCUCGACACUGCUUCGUUGCCUGGGACACACCUUCGCCACAGUUCCAUUAGGGGAGUCAGUGGUGCUGAAGCUCAGUCUUCCCUGCCUGCUGUAUGUUUACCUGUUCUAUCUGUUCUUCAGCAUGGCCAGGAUGCGUGGUUUCCGGGGGGUUUACUGCUUCCUGGUUCCAUACCUUGUGUGCUUCAUGUGGUGUGAGUUUUCGGUGGUGCUCCUCCAGAAUUCCUCCGCUGUGGGUCUAAUCCGCACCUGCGUGGCCUACUUUCUCUUCCUGUUUGCCCUGCCUGUUCUGGCUUUUGGCCUGGCCGCCAUGCUCCUCAUCCAGCUCUUCAAGUGGUUCCUCGAGCUGGAACUGACAAAGAUGAUUGUGACCCUGGUAGUCUGUGCAAUCCCUGUCACCCUGCGGCUGUGGACACGUUUCAGCAUGUCCAUUCUGGAUGUUUUCGGAUCACUCACUCACCGUGGCCCAGUCAAACUCAUUUUACUCUGCAUCUCCAUGGUGAUCCUGUUCUUCUCUAUCUACGUGUACUAUGCAGAGGGACAGAAGGUGUACAAUUCCACCCUGACUUGGAACCAGUACAGCCAGGCGUGUGGGCCACCUGCCUGGGAAACUAAAGGCAUGGCGCAGACACAGAUCUUCUGUAGCCACCUAAAUGGACAUAGAGUCACCUGGACUGGGCGUUUCAAGCAUGUCCGUGUGGCCGACACAGAGAACGGAGCACGGUCGGUGAUUAACAUGCUGCCAGUGUUUAUGGGAGACUGGCUGCGUUGCUUGUAUGGAGAGACGUACCCCAAAUGUGAGCCGAAAAAUGCAACCGUUGCAAACCUAACAGCUGCCAAUUUGGCAGCCGGUUCUGCGUCGAGUACCACUGCACUGCCCGUACUGUUCCCAAUGCAGGAAGAGGAAGAGUUAUGUCAGAUCAAGGCUUUGGCCAAAAACACCUGCCACAUCAAGCGCUUUGAUAGCUACAGCUUUGAGGUUACAAUAGGGAUGAUCCAGGAUGGAAGGGUGGAGGACCCAGCCAGGGAUAUACUCCUAAUAGCCAGCCAUGAGUUCAGCCAAGUUCUGCUCAACCUAAAUCUGGGUAACAUGGUGGAGUUCAGCACCAAGCUAGAGGGCCGUCUAGGAUCCAGAGCUCCGUCAUUCGAGCUGAAGGCUAUCCACUGUCUGGACUGUGAUUCUUCACUACUGACUGGAGGUCGGCAGGUGAAGUAUGAGAGAGACUGGAGACGCACCACAAUGAGAGCCCUGAAGUUUGCUUUUGAUUUUUUCUUUUCUCCUUUCCUGUCAGCAAGAAUCACAGCCUGAGAAAAACAACAGUGAAACUGAAGUAAUAAUGAUAUAAUAUAACUCUUAUAUAAAUAUAAGAGAUAAUAACAAUCUCUUCAGGAAGCCAUGCUAUAAUUUUCUCAUAGUAUGAUCAUGUUACUAACAUAACUACCAUUUGAUCUAACAUUGAUCUACAGCUAAUGUUUAUGUGUUGAAAUUUCAACAAGGUGAUAGCAUUUAGAAAAUGAUUGAAUACUUUAAGUACUUCCUGUUAGUGCAUGAGUUUCCAAAGAUUUUACUGUUUUUCAGUUCAAGUACCUCUAAACCAAUUCAAGAAGGGUCAGAUGCCCACUUUGGCUUGAGACACAGACACAGUCACUUUUCAAAUAUUCUUCUUGUAUCCAGGGACAUGCUUUCAAAAACAGCCUGUAAUUUGAUGGUGCCAGAUUAUAUGCAGUGAGGCUAAUGUUGGGUGCUGACCACUUCUGAAUGCCUAGAGAUACUGCACAUUUGUUAAAAAUAAAAUAUUAUCAGAUGACAUUUAUCUUUAAUAGAGCAAAGUUGCUGCUGCUUUUGUAUGAAGGAGUUUCUUAUGUGUAUGGGAAAUAUGUUUGCAUGUACAGUAUGUGUGUACCUUUGUGUGUGUGUGUAUGCAUUGGUGCUUUUUUUAAUUUACCUAUUUAUUUAUAGGUGUUUGUUACUUAAAAAAACUCUGGUCUUAAUCUUAUUUUUAAUUAAUGAUCAGACGUACCUGUGCCAUGAGCUACAAUGCACAUAAAAUAAAAAUCCAACAUAAAUUAAUCCAGCUUUUUGCCUUUUCACUGAAGCUGUUUAUUGCAAACCUUGUCAAAAAUUAUGAAGCUGUAGUCCCAGUUUCAUUGUUUGUAUUACACCUUCAAACCACACAACAAAAAGGCCAAAGACGUCACAGCUGAUAGGUCUUACUAUUUACAGUGUUUGCUGCAAACCAUGCAGCAAUUUAACUAACUGGGAGGGACGACUUCUAAAUGUUAUUUUUUAUAUAUAUAUAUAUAUAAACAUCACUAGUCUUCACAGUCACUGGGAAACAAACAGAAACUGAAAACUGAGCGCAUUAAUUCCUGGAAUUUAAUUAGUCAUAUCUCUGACUGUAACAGUGUUCAUUCCGUAGAAAUAGAGUCAGUAGUGGGAAUAUUUCAAAUGAUUUGUUUUGCUUCUCGGCACAGAGUGGAAUUAUUUUGCUUUGAUGUCAUGAUAUUUUAGUCUCAUUAUUUAACUUUACAGUGUAAACCUGUAUCUGCCUAAUUUGAUGAGUUCGAUUUUUUCAUAUAAACUGAACUAUUAAAUGUCCAGUGUGUAACGUUUAGGAGGAUCUAAUGGCAAAAAUGAAAUACAAUAUUCAUAGGUAUGUUUUCAUCACCUGAAUAUAGAAUCAUUGUGCUUUCUGUCCUUAGAAUGCGUCUUUAUCUACAGAUGCCACAGGUUGCCUUCCAUGGAGUUCGCCAUGUUGAACCGCCAUGUUUCUACAGUAGUCCAGAACAGACAAACAAACCAAACACUGACUGUAGAUUGAUCCUUUUUGGGCGAGUUUUGCAGACACUGUUUCUCCUAGCCACUUCACAGCCCGUUCUUAUUUGCAGGUUGUCAACUACAGACACCAGCAGCGUUCAGUUAGUUGCAAUCAGAAACUGCACCACUAGAUGCCACUAAACACACACACACUUGUCCUUUAAGUGUUUUUUAUGGAUUGAUAAAAUUCUACUUCUACUUCAGUGUAAAAUAAAAAAUAUAAAAAGCAGUAACUUUAAACGGAUUAUCUGAAAAAUGCAGUCAUAAAGCUGAAAACUGGGAUGUUUUUCUUUGAAAUACAUGGUUUUCACGGAGCAGCAACAAUAUGUAGAACUGCAUUAGAAGUACUAAUUAGAUGAUCAGCAUAUAACACUUGCAUUGCAUGAAAAGCCAAACAUGUGAACACUAUUACAUUGUAACCUCUACUUACUUGGGAAUGACAGUCAUUGAUGUUGAGCCUGUAUACUGUGAAUGCUUUAUUUAGUGGUAAGUUUAGGAGGGAGUGGGAGCGUGCAAUGACUAUUAAAGUGCUUGUCUUUUAAACAAAA